GCGUAGAUCACAAUUUGGCGCGAAUGGCUGUGUACAUGAAAACAAACUGAUGCCUUGACAGUCAUCAUUCACAUCAAAUAAUGGAUAUAAGGAAUUUCUUUGGCCCAGUCGGGGUAAAGAAAGGCAAAGACACUGGUAAUGAUGAAAAGAAGAAACAUUUGUCAGAGUCCAACAGGAAAGGCUCAAGGAAAACGUCUACAGAAAGAAACUCCAGAAAAGACAGUGGAGACUCCCAUAAAACUGACACAAAAAACAAGAAAAGGAAAAAAGAGAGCACGACUGAAGAGGAAGCUGAUGCCGAGGAUGUUGUACACAAGAAGGGAAAACCGAGAUCCAAGAAAACACAAAGAAUAGAAUCAGAUUCGGAUGAGGAGCCAAUUCCAAAGAAAAACAAAAAGAAGAAGGAAGCUGUUGUAUUCAUUGAUGAUUCUGAUGAGGAAACUGAUAGACCCAAGAAGAGAUCAUCAUUAGAUGGCUUUGUGACAGUAACACCACCCAAACCUAAGCAAUCUAGUGCUAAAACUCCUGAGGCAAAGACACCAAUCUCUGCCUCGGAUUUCUUCGGAAGUAGUUCUGUGCAGAGGAGUGAUCGCAAAAUAGCAGCAGCAAAGAGGAAACAGGAUUACAACAGCAGGUCCGUGGAAUAG